UGGGCUGCUGCUGGCUGCAGAGGCGCGCCUCUGUUCUGGUAAAUCGUGGGAUUUAUUUUGUUUCCGAGUUCUGGACUGCAACGAGGGGAGAUUUUUUCGUCUGCGAGACUUUCGUCAAAUAAAUGGCGUCGUGUUAAUGGGAGCCACAAAUCAACAAGCAUGGAUAUUUUCAAAAUGGAGUUUAAAAUCCUGAAUAUCGUCACAGCGCUCCUACUCCUCGGUAUCUGUACAGAUUUUAUCAAUGGCCAGUCUAGAGACUCCAGUAGAGCUGCUAUCAGAGGUCCUUAUGCGAAGAGGAGACACCCGUGCGAGCAGAGCUCGUGUUACCCAGCCACGGGUAACUUGUUAAUAGGAAGAAAAGAUCGACUGAAGUCAUCGUCAACCUGUGGGCUUUUGGACCCGGAGAGAUAUUGCAUAGUUUCUCAUUUAAAGGAAAGGAAAAAGUGUUUCUUCUGUGAUGCAUCAUCACCGAAGUUACAACAUAAUAUUACGAAUAUUGUUGGAGGAUUGUCGAAGAACUCGUGGUGGCAGGCAGAGAAUGGAAUCGAGAACGUGACCAUAGACUUCUCUCUAGAAGCAGAGUUCCACUUGACUCACAUGAUAAUCCGUUUCCAAACCUUCCGACCAGCAGCGAUGUUAAUCGAACGUUCCCACGACUUCGGGAAGACCUGGCAGGUGUACAGAUAUUUCGCUCACAACUGUGAGCAAGCAUUCCCAGGAGUCCCUACCCACGUGCCAAAAAAGCUAUCAGACGUGAUCUGCGAGUCAAGAUAUUCCUACGUCGCUCCCUCGUCAGGGGGUGAGAUCAUAUUCAGGGUUCUUCCACCGAACCUCCAAUCCGUAAUCGAUAAUCCGUACUCAAAGGAAGUUCAGAAUCUGAUGAAGGUGACGAAUCUGCGGAUCAACUUUACGAAAUUGCAUACACUUGGAGAUGACCUUUUGGACGAUCGUGCUGAGAUCAGAGAAAAGUAUUAUUAUGCUGUACAGGACAUGGUGAUUCGAGGCUCGUGCUCUUGCUACGGGCACGCCUCAGCUUGUCUCGAGCUCCCUGGUGUUGUCAAUGAAGAGGAGAUGGUUCAUGGAAGAUGUGAGUGCACUCACAACACAAAAGGUCUCAAUUGCGAGAUCUGUCAGGAUCUUUAUAACGACGGACCAUGGAAACCUGCUGUUGGAAAGCAGACGAAUGCCUGCAGAAAAUGUAACUGCAAUGAACACGCCAAUUCCUGUCAUUUUGACGAAGCUGUCUACGAACGAUCUGGGAGGGUCUCCGGGGGUGUUUGUGAUGAUUGCCAGCACAACACCAGGGGACAGAAUUGCGAACAGUGCAAACCUUUCUUCUAUCACGAUUUGACGAAGAAUAUCUCGCAUCCAGAGGCUUGUCAACCUUGCGAUUGUGAUCCUGGCGGAUCCCUCGACGAUGGCAUCUGUGACUCGAGGACAGACAUUUUAAGUGGCGAAGAAUCCGGCCGUUGUCACUGCAAAUCCAACGUCGAGGGUCGCAGAUGUGACUUGUGUAAGAACGGGUUCUGGAAUUUCGAUGUGAAUAAUCCCGACGGAUGUCAAGCCUGUACCUGUAACCCCCUGGGAACCAUCGACAAUCAGGGAUGCAAUCAAGUUACGGGAGAGUGCACCUGCAAGCGUUACGUAACAGCACGCGAUUGCAAUCAAUGUUUGCCGGAGUACUGGGGUUUAUCCGAUGAUCAUGAUGGCUGCAAGCCCUGCGAUUGCGAUCCUGGUGGCUCCUACGAGUCCACUUGUGACGUUAUCACUGGUCAAUGUCGAUGCAGACCUCAUGUAGGAGGGAGAACGUGUAAUCAACCUGAACAGAGUUAUUACACUGGGUCCCUAGACUUUCUGAUUUAUGAGGGAGAGUUGGCAGGCGGUAGUGAUAACUGCCAAGUGGUUAUCAGAGAGCCCUACAGAGACGGGAGGAACAACACGUGGACAGGGACAGGUUUCAUGAAAGUCGUUGAAACCUCAACAAUGAACUUCACAAUCGACGACAUCAGAAGAUCCAUGUGGUACGACAUAAUAGUGCGUUACGAGCCUGUGCACCCUGGAGUCUGGCAGGAGGUGGAGAUCCUGAUCACACGAGAUGGUCCUGUCGAUCCCCAAGGUCCUUGCGCUGGUUGGAGACCCGAAGACGACAGACUGUGGCUCCAGCUGCCUGACAAUGCCCGAAGUGCUGUCGCCAAUCCUUCGGUUUGCUUUGAAGCUGGGAAAGUAUACAAGCUGUUGCUCUCGUUCAGGAGGUUCGAUCCUCACACAGAGACACCCACUGCUUCCAUCCUCAUCGAUUCGAUUGUUUUAAGACCAAGAAUAGAUUCGAUUCCAUUCUUCAACGGCGAAGGCCCCAACCAGUUAAGAAGGAAGGAGUACGAAAGAUAUCGUUGUAACGAGAUAUUCGACAGUGUGACCCCGUACACACGCGAUGAGAACGACAUUUGUGCACCGUAUCACAGCAGUAUCGGUUAUUGGGUGUUCGACGGAGCGCAUUCCUGUGAAUGCAACCCAACAGGAUCACACAGUCUCCUCUGUGAGCACUACGGGGGCGUCUGUCCCUGCAAACCCAACGUAGUGGGACGUCGUUGCGAUCGUUGUGCUCCUGGCACCUACGGAUUCGGCCCCAACGGAUGCAUUCCCUGCGACUGUAACGCAGUCGGUGCUUUGGACAACUUCUGCGAUGUUGAUACUGGUCGGUGCAAAUGCAGGCCGAACACUUAUGGCAGGACCUGUGGCCAGUGUGAACCAGGAUUCUGGAACUUCCCACAUUGCAGGAGGUGCGAGUGCAAUGGCCACGCUGACAGCUGUGAUUCGUCUACUGGAGCUUGUCAAGAUUGCAGAGAUUAUACCACUGGGCAUAACUGUGAUAGGUGCAUCGACACCUUCUAUGGGGACCCGAGGAUUGGGGUUGACAUUCCCUGCAGAGCGUGUCCUUGUCCAGGAACUAUCGAUUCUGGUCACGCCUACGCGGACAGCUGUUCCCUGGACCCGAUAACCCACGACGUCAUCUGCGAGUGCUUUAAAGGAUACUCCGGAGCGCGAUGUGAGAACUGCGCAGAGAACUACUUCGGAAAUCCCGAAGAAGUCGGUGGUCAAUGUACCGCUUGCGACUGCAGCAACAACACCGACCCGUCGAGACCUGGAAAUUGUGAUCCAUACACCGGACGCUGUCUACAGUGUCUCUAUGAUACUGCUGGAGCCAACUGUCAGCAGUGCAAGCCAGGGUUCUACGGGAAUGCGCUCGAGAAGAACUGCCAGGACUGCAUGUGCAAUGUCCUGGGGACGGAUAUUGCAGCGGGGACUUGCGACCACAGGACUGGACAGUGUCCUUGCUUGCCUAAUGUCAUUGGACAACUUUGCGACAGGUGCGCGGAGAACUACUGGAGGAUCGCUAGUGGACAGGGCUGUGAUCCUUGCGAGUGUGAUGCUGUGGGAAGUGUCUCGGACAAGUGCAACCCUUACGACGGCACCUGUGAAUGUCGUUCGGGCUUCGGAGGUCGUCGCUGCAACGAAUGUCAAUCCAACUUCUGGGGCAACCCUAACGUCCAGUGUUACCCUUGCGACUGCGACGUUAUCGGUUCAUCGUCGGCUCAAUGCAACCGCGAGACAGGUGUCUGCGUCUGUCACAAGGGCAUUGGAGGCGAGAAAUGCGAUCAGUGUGAUCGUAGUUACAUCGGUACAGCCCCUCAUUGCAGCCCCUGCGGCGAGUGCUUCGACAACUGGGACCUGAUCCUCGACGGGCUUCGUAAUAAAACAGAUCUGGUGAUCGAGGAGGCCUCGAGGAUUCAGAAAGUGGGCACCACCGGAGUCUACAGCCAGCAAUUCGAUAAAAUGCUGGACUCCCUCGACCAAGUCCGAGGAUUGAUCGAUAACACGACUGUGAGGAGUCAGGAUCUCGACGAACUACACGAUUUGGCGAGUCAAUUGGCUAAGAACGUGUCCACCUCGACGAAAGCUCUUGAGGAAGUGGAGAAUCAGCUGGAGAAUGUCAGUCAGCGAGUGAACCUUGGGGAUGUUGCUUUGAAAAAACUGAAGAACAGGACGAACAGUCUUCACCAGGGGGCUGCCCUCCUGAGGGAGGACGCGACUAGACUGCAGGAGGCGAACGUCCAGGGGGCCCUCAACGUAACUCACCAAAUGGCGGAGCAGUCACGACUGGCGGAGAAGAUGGCUAACGAGACCAAUAACGUUCUGGCUGACGCCGAGAGGUAUCGAAAGAACACUGAAAACCUCUUGGCUAAGAACAGCGCCAAUGUCAAUGAGGCCCAGGAGAAGAGCAUGGCGUCGAUCGAGAAAAUGAACGAGAGGAUCUCGGGUCUUGAGAAGGAAGUUCCUGGGUUGAACCUGGGAAUGUGCGGGGACAACGUCACCGAAUGUAGCAGUGUUUGUGGUGGGGCUGGAUGUGGGACUUGUGGAGGGAUCUCUUGCGAGGCUGGAGCCGUUACCAAGGCUAGUCAGGCACUGGAUGUGGCGAAACGACAGGCUGAGAAGAUCAGAAAUCAUAAGGAUACUGCUGAAGGACUUCUACGAAAGAUGAUGGACCUGAAACAGGAUGCCGGCGCGGCUCGUGGCAACGCCCAAGACGCCUUCAACUUCGCUCUCGACGCCCGUAACAGAUCAGACAGGGUGGCCAAGGCCCUGGCUGAGGUGAACGAGAAGAUCAUCAUGGUGUUGAAUGAGGAUCAACCGACUCCCAUGAUGGUUCGAGAUCUUGCUGAAGAGGUCUUGAGUAAAAAUAUUCAUCUGCGACCUGACGAGAUCAGGGAGUUGGCUGACAAGAUCGACAGCAUCAUUGUUUCUUUGACGGAUUCUGAUAAGAUUUUGACUGACACGGCUGGCGAUUUGAGGAUGGCCCAGGAGCUCGAACAAAAGGCUAACUGGGCUAAACAGUCUGCCAUUGACAAGCAGAAUCAAGCUGGCAAGGUAGUGAAUCUACUGUCUGAAACCCAAAAAGCCCAAGAAGAAGCUGAAGAUGCGAUUGAUAAAGCUGAGCGAGAUAUAGCCCUAUCUGAGAAAGAUCUCCAGGACGUAGGAGAGGUGACAAAGGAAGCCCAGAAGAAGGCAGCGAACACAACAGCAGCUGUGGACGCCCUGGAGGCCCGUCUCAAGCAGCUCCAGACCCAAUCAGUGCGAAACGACUUCGUCCUGAAUCAGGAAAUCAGGAAGGAGCUGCUCACCCUCGCCGAGGACGCCAAGGCAGUUGACGAGAAGACCCAGAAACUGGGGACAGAGUACAAGAGAGCUGGGGAUUCCCUGAACUAUCGAGUCACCAAGAGCAAGGGCGACAUUGAGAGGGCAAAGCAGCUGCUCCAGAGGGCGUCUGAACUCACGGCUGACACUACCACAAAGUUCAAGGAUCUGGACGGAAUGGAGAGUGUCUACAGGGAUAAUGACAGACUUCUCAGUGAUCUUAUGGCACAGGUUGAUGCUCUCACUACAGAGAUGGAGAAGCAGCUCGGGGAGAUAGAGAAGAAGGCACAGACCUACAGGGACUGCUCGACGUGAACAAUUUUAUAGAAAUUUUCAGGCACUUCAGAUGAUCAAUCAAUGCAGUUUUCAAGUGGCCAAAAUUCGAAAGGUUCUUAGUCGAGGGUGAGAAGUGGCUCUGGGAAUGCAAUGGAGGUGGAAAAUUUUCCUUAGAACACUCGUCGUAGGCAAACUAUAAAGGCGACGAAAAAAUAAGACAAACUCGACUAGAAGUCGAAUGAAUUUGAACCCUUCGAAAACUUCACAACUGAAAUAUCUGUGCCAUAGGAAUCAGCAAGUGCCACUAAACACCAAAAAUUCGUCGAUCAAAUUUCAUUAUCAAAACAUCAAACAUAAACGCGGUUUUUUGCGUUCUGUAAAUACAUUAAUUUUAUAGUAAGAGUUUUUACAUUUAUUGAAAAAUCAUUAUUUUUACGAUUCAAAUGACAGUCGUUUUGAAGUUGAAUUGUACCGGAAUUUACGCAUAAUUCUUAUUUACUUAAAGUGAAGAUGGUGGUAGAGUGGUGAAACAGGAUGAGUCGUUUCUCGGGACAUUCUUGUAGCUUUCAUUUUUAUCUGCAAAAGUUUCUCGUAAAAACCCCAUCCUAUUUUAAAAUUCUACUACUGAAUUCAUAAUAAUUACUUAAUAUUUCUUAUUCCGAAGAAUUAAUUGAUUGAAAUUUGUUACGAUUUAUAUAAGAAAGAGAAAAUAAAUAAAAAGUUGAUAAAAACAAA